CAACGAACUGAUUCACGAGCUUUCUCAGAGAAACCGAAUGCUGUUUUAUGAUGAUAAAAUUGCAUGCCAUAUAAUGACGGUUGAGUCAAUUGACAACUUAGGAAUCUUCUCAUCACUCCUUCGAAUGAGUGCAUCGCACGUUUUAAUUCCACCUGAGAAAACUAUGCACAUUGAUAGAAAUUGGGAUUUAAAUUUCCUCAUACUAUUUCUGGGCAGACAAUUGUUUUUCUCUGCUAGUUCAUACGUCUCCAGUCAGUCUUGGAAGCCAAGAAUAGUUGUACAGGCAUUGCUAAUGGAGUGUUAUCAAGAUGAGGCCAGAAAGGCCAAGGAACUUGCAGAGAAAAAGUUUGAUGCCCAGGAUUUGGAAGGUGCCAGGAAGAUGGUAUUGAAAGCUCAGAAUAUAUAUCCUCUUCUUGAAGGCCUCACUCAAUUCAUAGCAGUUCUGAAUGUCCACCUGGCUGCUGCUCCUGGCCAGAAAACCAAGGGAUUGGUUGAUUAUUACAAGGUUUUGGAUGUGGGUACUGAUGCCCAAGUCUCUGUAAUCAGGAAACAGUAUAGGAAAUUGGCUUUGUUGCUGCACCCUGAUAAGAACAAUGGCGUAGGAGCUGAGAGAGCAUUUAAGCUGGUUGCAGAAGCUUGGGGAAUUCUUUCUGAUGAAACUAAAAAGGCUCAGUAUGAUAAAAUGAGAAGUGGAUUGCGAAGGCCUUUCAGGGGUAAUGCCCAUGGCAAUUGGCCAUCUAGUAAGGAGGUUCAGAAAGAAAGCCAGAGAUGCUCAGGCCAGAGUGUUUAUUUUGCUUCCUCGACAGAGACCAUUGCAAGGUUUGUUCAACAAAUCUUUGACAAAAUGGAUAGGAGGGAUUUUGAACAGAGCAGUAAUCAGGGCUUUAGUGAGGCAUUUGGUGCUGGUACCAAAAGAAAAAACAAUGGUAAUGACGAUGACAAUGAGGACGAUGAUUGUAUUAUUUUGGAAGAUGGGUUUGGUAAGGAGAGUGUUAGGGGAGAGCCCUGUGAGGGCAAUUCAUGUUCAAGCUUGAGUACAAAAGGGAACGAGAUUGUCACAGUUGGUCUGCCCCUGUUUACUGAUCAAAUUAAGCCCCAAAAAAAUUGUGGGGAGGAGAGCGGGGGGAAAACCCACAAAACUAAUAGCUUGGCAGGAAAAGUAAAUAGAUAUAAAAAGGAGAAGAUGAUGACUGUGCCAGAUGCAGAUUUUUAUGAUUUUGAUGGAGACAGAGCAGAAGAGUCAUUUGAGGCAAACCAGAUUUGGGCUGCAUAUGAUGACGAGGAUGGAAUGCCUAGGUUUUAUGCUCGGAUACGGAGUAUUAGUUCCUUUCAUCCAUUUAAGGUGCAGAUAACUUGGCUUGACUCAUUACUCAAUAACGAGCCUGCUCUUAUUAAAUGGCACAAGUCAGGGUUUUAUAAGGGGUGUGGAGAUUUCAAGUUUGUAAAUGGUUUUACUGUCAACAGCGUCAAUGUUUUCUCUCACAUUAUGAGGUGGGAGAGAUCCAAGGGAGGAGUUAAAAUUAUGCCAAGAAGGGGAGAUGUUUGGGCUCUGUACAGGGACUGGUCUCCGGAUUGGGAUAAAUCCACUCCUGAAGAAAUCAGGCAUAAUUAUCUCCUGGUAGAGAUUCUCAGUGAUUCUGCAAAUGGAGUUGGGAUCGAAGUUGUUCCUCUUGUGAAGGUGGAGAAAUAUAGGACGCUUUUCCAAAGGGUGGAUAUUGAAGCUGUUACAGAGAAAAAUAUGCUGAGAUUCUCACAUAAGGUGCCAGCUCACAGACUUAAAGGGAAUGAUGCUCUGCAUAUACCAAGAGAUUGUUGGGAGCUUGACCCAGCAGCACUUCCAGCAGACAUGGUUCAGGAGGGUGUACCACAAACUGGUAAUAACUAAUUACCACAUUAGUACACUUCAAAUGGGGAAUGUUGUGCAUGGUCCUUGAGCAAUUUGGUUUUACAUGUUUUUUUGUCUCAAUGUAAUUAGAAUGAGAAUCACUAUCCACAAGAUGGCUUAUGGUGGAAGCUUAUGUACUGGAUAUUCUAUGAAAUCGGUCUAUACUAGAAAACUAGGUUGCUUUUUGAAUUACGGCUUUUUGACACUAGAAGCCAACAUGAAACAUCUCUGUGUUUUGUUAUAUUGAACAGGUCUGAAAUACGUGAUUGGUAUGUACAUUUGCAAAAUAUAUUCGUAUAUUGCAAAAUAAGCACAGACAAACUUUGAGGCAUUACAAUAUGAUGAAGAUUGGUAUAUUCAGUAUAUAGUUCAUCAAUCAAGAA